AUGAAAACCUCGUCGUCGUCGUCGUCGUCGUCGUGGCUGCACACGAGGACGACUUCGCUGAGCAGACGCCGGCACCGCAAGUGGCGCCAGGGAUGGUACCUCGUCCUCAGCGGCGUCUUCAUGCUGGCGUACCUCGAGGUGAUGCGAUCCUACGCGCCAUCUGCCGCCCCUUUCCCGCAACACGAAACCGAUCCAGGACCAUCACGCAACCACCAACACCAUGCUGUCGUCUCCUCGUCGGGGACCACGAAUAAUAAUAAUAAUGGUCGGCAUCUGCUCCAGCAACAGGCCGCAGAAGGCGAAAUCAAGAAGGAUCCCCUGUUCCCCAAAGACAUCUUCACGGCAGCCCAACUCAAAAAAGGAGCUGUCGUCCUGCACGUGUUUGGCGUGCUGUACAUGUUCGUGGCCCUGGCCAUCGUGUGCGACGAGUUCUUCGUGCCGUCGCUGGACGUCAUCAUCGAGAAGCUGGACAUUGCGGAGGACGUGGCCGGCGCCACUUUCAUGGCCGCCGGCGGCUCAGCACCCGAGCUCUUCACGUCGGCCAUCGGGGUGUUCAUCGCCUUCAGCGACGUCGGCAACCCAGAUCCUCCUUCAGAGUCCUUGAAAUCCACAUGGCGUCAAUUCCAAGGGUUGCCUCCUUCGAAGGUAGUUCAUCUAUUUUCCUCAUCAGCCGCCACAUUCUCAUUCAAAGUGGCGGUUGUUGAUGAAAAUGGCGGAAGUAAUAAUCAAUCAAUGGCGGGAACCCUUGGAAUCCAUGCCAUGUCAAUUUUAGGAAUUCUGAAGGAAAAGCUGGACUACAAGCAGAUGGGCACCUCAUGGUUUGAGCGAAGAGCAAAAUGCUACAAGGGCAUUAGCACCAUCGUCGGGUCGGCAGUCUUCAACAUCCUCUUCGUCAUCGGCAUGUGCGCCAUGUUCUCGCGCACCGUCCUCAACCUGACCUGGUGGCCCUUCUUCCGCGACUGCUGGUUCUACUCGGUUGCUCUCAUCCUGCUCAUCAUCUUCUUCAAGGACAACCGGAUCCAGUGGUGGGAGUCGCUGGUCCUGCUCAUCAUCUACGCCGCCUACGUCACCUUCAUGAAGUUCAACCCGCAGGCCGAGCAGGUCAUCAAGGGCUUCUUCAACAAGAACAUCGUGACGCGUGUGAGGAGCACGGACGAGCUGAAGAGCAACAGCGUCGACUCGCGAGGCGGGUUGCCCGAAGCCGUCAAACGGGUCCCAACAGCCAUGAUGCACUCGGGUUCCAAGUUCCGACAGGGGCUCUUGCAACUCAUGAUUCACUCCAUCGAUCCGUUGCAUCAAGGCAAGAUUGAUGAAAAGGCCACACAGCUGGCCCGGCUGAAGCCCGUGGCGCUGGCAGAUGGCAAGCAUGGCAUCUCGAAUCCCGCCCUCGUCGCAGACGGAGCCUGCUGCUGCUCGUCGUCGUCGUCGUCACUCAACAACCACCACCACCAGCACCACCAAAACGGAUGCCGGGCCACGGACUCGACCGUCUCCUUCUGCUCCGCCACUUCGUCCACCGCCCUGUCGGACGUGCAACACUUGUCCGUCCUGGCCGCCGCCACGUCCUCCUCGUCCUCGUCCAUGAUGCCGAACCAGCCGCCUUCUUCUCUCAACAACAAGCCGCCGCACUGCGCCGUGUGUCGUUGUCCGCACUCGCACUCGUUCCCCGUGCAGCACCAGCACGUGUCCAGCAACAGCUUCCUGCCCACUUCCACCUCGUCAAGCCUGCAGCAUCAGCAGCUCCAGCCCGUGCUGAUGGACGCCUUGCCGCCGGUCAUGGUGACCGUAAUCAACGUAAAGACAAAGCACAUCGACUACAUCAACAACGAAGCGUCCAACGGGAGGAAACUGGGAGCCAAUAAGAGACAAGACGCGAGUUCCGAAGAUGGCGCCGAGGAGGAGAAUCAGCCCCUGGACAUGUCCUGGCCAUCCACGAACCGCAAGAGGAUCAGCUACGUACUCCUGGCCCCCAUCGUCUUCCCGCUGUGGCUCACGAUGCCAGACACUAGGAAACCUUCAGGCAAGAAGUACUUUGUGAUCACCUUCAUUCUCAGCAUUUUGUGGAUAGCCUUCUUCAGCUACUUGAUGGUGUGGUGGACGUCCACUGUGGGACAAACAAUUGGGAUUGCGGAUGAGGUGAUGGGACUCACAUUCCUGGCAGCUGGAACUUCCAUCCCGGAUCUCAUGACUUCUGUCAUUGUGGCACGAAAGGGUUUUGGGGACAUGGCAGUCUCCUCUUCUGUGGGCUCCAAUAUUUUCGACGUCUGCGUCGGACUACCGCUACCCUGGAUCCUCUGGAGCUCCGUUAAUGCUGGCCUGCCUGUGCAGGUCAACUCGGAAGGCAUGGCCUGUUCCAUCAUCCUCCUCUUUAGCAUGCUCAUGCUCGUGUUCCUCUCCAUCGUGGCGUGCAAAUGGCGCAUGAACAAGGCCCUCGGCAUCGUCAUGUUCCUCCUCUACUUUGCCUUCGUCGCCGUGUCGCUGCUCUUCGAGUAUGGC